UUCAGAUGAUUUUAGUUUGACUGUUUAUUUUAAAAUGUCUGGUGAAGAAAGUGCUGCUAUUGCUUUACUGACUAGAGCAGUAGAGUUAGAUUCAACAAAUAGAUAUACAGAGGCGAUAGUUUGUUACAAAGAGGGUCUUCAGCUGUUACUUGCUGUUGUCCAGACAGUUCAGGAUAAAAAUAAGAAGGUCAAGUAUCGUGAGAAAGCUGCAGAAUAUCUUGAUAGAUGUGAAAACCUGGACCUCAGGAUCAGAAAGGAGAAGGAAGCGGGAAAGUAUCAUGAGCAUAUCAGGAUACAAUCUAACUCAACUGGACACAGUUACGAAUCAUUAUUUGGCAGAUUUCUUGACGAGACUGUAACAGCUGUCGAUUUAGAGGAUCCAUAUAUACGAUCUCAUCAUCAAAUAGUAAACUUCCUACGCUGCUGUGAACUCCUUGUCAAGAAAUGUAAGAAAUUAAAACGAAUCCGACUUCUUACUUCCAGGGAUGAGAAUAAUAAGGAUGAACAAGAAAAGAAACUGAACGAGCUGAGGGAGAGCUUAGUUCAGAGGCAGGUUCAUCUCCAGAUUGAGUUCUCUAGUACACUUCACGAUAGGGAAAUCCGGCUUGAUACUGGAUGGAUAAUAAAAAUUGGACGAGGAUUGGAUAUAUUCAGAGCUCCUGAAGGUCGGAUUGUUCUGGGAUAUUUUGACCUGGAUCUCCGUCCUUGUCUGGAAACUACGGUGGAUAUAUUCUUCAAGAAGGAUAGAUGAUACCUCAUCAUUUACUGCUCACUUUAUUACGAAGGGUAGAUCCCGGACAGAGAACUGUAUUUUUAUAUUAUUCAUUAAUUGAUUUCACAAUUUCAGA